UAAUAUUUUUUUUUUUUUUGGUACCUAAACCCUAUACAAAACGCGAUUACAAAAAAAACCCCGCCUCCUCCUCCUCCUCCUGCAACGCUCCUUUCUACGGCAAGGCUCUGAUUUUAGCUCCUACUGAUCGUGUUUCAGUUAACAAAGCAAAUUGAGAAAGAAAAGAAAAAAAGAUGUUCUAUCUGAGCUUGAUAGAGCACAAGAUGCUAUUGCCUCCUCGUCUUCUGAAUCUUCCUCUCCAAGAUGCUAUCAAGGAAGAGCUUCAAAAUAUCUUCUUGGAUAAGGUUAUAUCAAAGCUGGGACUUUGUAUUUCAAUCUAUGACAUCAGAAAAAUUGAUGGUGGCUUUAUAUCUCCCGGUGAAGGUGCUUCAACCUAUACGGUGGAGUUUAGAAUGAUUGUUUUUCGUCCUUUUGUGGGAGAGAUUAUAUCUGCGAAACUUAAAGAAUCCACUGCAGAUGGUUUGCACUUGUCACUUGGAUUUUUUGAUGAUAUUAACAUACCAGCUGGUCUUAUACAAAAACCAUCCCGUCAUGUUCCAGACCCAGAGAAUAGGUAUAAGGUCCUAUGGGUGUGGGAAUUUAAUGGCGAAGAGUUUUUUGUAGAUGGCAUUGAUGAGAUAAGGUUUAAAGUUAUCAGUGUAACAUAUCCCCCAACUCCUAUUGAGCAACAAGGGGAGCCAUUUGCACCGAUGGUGAUUAUAUUUUGCAGGGAUCGAUUGAUGGUGAUGGUUUAGGUCCAGUUUCGUGGUGGCAGUGAUGCAGGAGAUUUUAAGGACUUGUAAUCUUGAAGCACCUUUUUCAUAGGAAAGGUAGACGGAGCAUGUAUGCAGUUAUUGUAUCGCAAUUGACAAUAACACACCAUCUUUGAAACUUCUAGAUUUUUUUUUAUCAUCCUAGAAGUUCAGCAUAUUAGAUCAUAUAGCAUUCAGUGUUUAACUUGACAUAAAGAACCUGGCUGUUCUUUACACUGAUUGUGAUACCAGGCUGCAAUAGAAAGUUCAUUACACAAUUAUGGUCCUCUGGAAAUAGAGUUCUGGCCACAUCAUCUGUGAUCAUUGCAGGUGCUUUGUAAUUGAUCAAUCAAUCUUCCAUUCUCAAUUAUAAAGGAAAUUAGCCACUAAAAUCAGAAGCUAGAAUUUAUUUAA